UGUGCCGCCACAAAAAAAAAGGUUGAGAAUCACUGGUUUAAGGAUUUAAAAUCCUAUUAUUAUUACUAUAAAUAUCCCUUUUUAGUAUAUUCUACCCGGGGGAGACAUGAUUCAUUUCUUUUUUUACCACUUAUCCAUUUUUAGGCAUAGAAAUGAUUCAGGAAAAAGCUAUUCAAAUUCAUUAGAAAUAAUUUUAUAUAAAUUCAAGCAUAAAUAUGAUUAUGAGUUUAUUUUAUUCGUACAACUUCAGUAAAUUGAAUGAAUUCCUAAGAAAAAAAGAGUGAAAGAACGAGUGUAAGUUCUUAAUGGUGUAUUGAAAAGGAACAGAUACAGUUAUAAAUAACUGAAGAUCAAUGAAUACUUAAAAUGCUUGAAUUCUCCUUUUAAAAAUUAUUAAUUAUCAAAUUUGGUCAGGUAUGAUGCAUUUUGAAAUUAUGCAGAAUCCUUCGUGUCUGAGAAUAAAAACGAUAACGCACCAGACGAGACUUUGGAGGUCUGUAAAAUUGACAUAUGAAUGGAAAAUUGAGUUCAAUAUAGAUUUUUACUACACAAGACCACCUCCAAUGAUAAUGGUUGAGAAGGGAAUAGAGUUGCCGGUAUAUAUAAAAAGAAGCGGCUCAAUGAAAAGGAUUGUAGUCUAAAGAUAAAUUCAUUCACACUGUGUCUAUUCUUGGUAGUUGUCAUGUGUUUGGAACGCAGAAAAGUUAUUAUGUGAAUCAUGAGUUGUGGAAACAUAGUAAAUGGAACAAAUUUGAUUGGCUGUAAACUUUUUGCUGUUUUUUUUAUUCUGUUGGUACUUUUUAUUCUCCUGUGCUCUUUGAGAAGCCCAAUAUUUUUUGAAGUGGAAAAUUUUAACGUUGUCUUCACUUUUAUUUUGAGUUCAUUUCAGAACUCAUUAUAUAUUUUUUUAUCUUGUGAGAUUGUGAUUUUUUUCUUUCCAUUAUUGAAGUCAUUUUUAUUUUUAUUUUUUAAAUCUAGUUUAUUCUUAAACAUGCCUCGUAAGAGAGGAUUAACAGAUGCCGAAAUACAAGUUUUGAUGGAUCAGCUUGAUGCUGAAUGCUACGAUGAUUCUGACUCAGAAUGUGAAAAUGAAGAUGGUAAUGACAUUCGGGUAAUGGAAGAUGAAGGUUUAGAAAAUGAAAAAAAUGAUGAUAUAAACGAUAGCAUUAAUGAAAUUGAAGAGGCGGAACGUCAAUACGAUUGGGAAAUUCCUACAGCCAAUGACAAAAUUGUUCCUCUAAAUUUCACAGGAAGGGUAGGAAUAAAACCCAAAUUCCAACACUUAGAAAAAGAAACUGAUUUUUUUAAGCUUUUUUUUUCGAACGAUUUAAUCAAAUUAUUAUGCGAGGAAACAAAUCGAUACGCAAACCAACUAUUAUCUCUGAAGUUAGAAACAUCCGAGAAAAGGAAACACUACAUUGAAUGGAUUCCAGUUUCACCCAAAGAAAUUUUAAAAUUUCUUGGAUUGAUACUAUUAAUGGGUCACAUUGAUAAAGAUAAUGUUUCUGAUUAUUGGUCCAAAGAUGAUCUUUUUGAAUCUCCCAUAUUUGGGAAAACUAUGCCACGAGACCGAUUCCUUCAGAUUUUGAAAUUUCUUCAUUUCUCAAAUAAUGAGGAAAAAUUGAGCUCGAAAGACGAGAAUUAUGAUCGAUUGUGGAAAAUUAGAAGUGUUUUUAACAAAUUAAAUGAAUCAUUCAAGGAAGUGUAUGAUCCUACAGAGGAGCUAUCUAUAGAUGAAGUGAUUAUAAAAUUCAAAGGUAGGGUCAUUUUUCGGCAAUACAUACCGAAAAAAAGAAAGCAAUGGGGCAUUAAAGUUUACAAAGUAGCCGAUAGAAGAGGCUAUACCUACGAUAUGCAAGUAUAUCUUGGAAAAGAUAAACAGAAAGAUAAACCACAUCUAUCUGCUUCCUACAAUGUUGUUUAUAAUAUGGCAAACACCAUCCAGGGGAAAGGUCAUAAAUUAUAUAUGGACAANUGCGAUCUUCUUGAGAAUAAAAAAAUUAAUUCCUGUGGAACUGUACGAGUAAACAGAAAAGAUUUCCCUAAAGAAUUGGGGAAAAAGAAAUUAAAAGCAGGCGAAACCAAUUGUUUAUGGGGAAAUGGCCUCGUUGCUGUAUGUUGGAAGGAUAAGAGAGACGUUCUUAUGCUUUCCAAUAUACAUUCUCCGAUAGAAAACAAAGUUUCUAGUGAAAAACCAGAAAUCGUCAAAUCCUACAACAAACACAUGGGAUAUGUUGACAAAAGUGACAGAAUGGCAAACAGCUACUCAUUCAAUCGAAGGACACUGAAGUGGACAAAAAAACUUUUUUUUCAUUUUCUGGAUCUCUCGGUUCUUAAUGCAUAUUUAGUAUCAGAAUUGAAAGAGUCCCACAAAGAGUUCAGGAUAAAUCUAAUCAGAGGUCUACUUCACGAAAACGUACUGAAUUGUCUUACAUUAUCUCCAUCAACAUCAAAAAAACCUCGGUUAAUGCCUGAAAAUAAUCAUUGGCCAAGAAAAGAAAACACUAGAAGAAGAUGCGUUAACUGUUCUAAAAAAGGGACAUAUAGACGAUCGACAGUAAUAUGCAAAGCAUGUAAUGUUGCUUUAUGUAUAGAUCUAAAUUGCUUCGAGGAAUACCACACAACAUUUUAA